CAUACACAGGCAACCUGGUUGUCGGGCGAGGAGACAAUAACGUCGCCAAUGGAGACAUUGUUGGCACCGUCUCGCUCAGCGCUGACAGCACUACAGCCAAGGCCUGCUUCGACCUCACCCGGGCGAACGCGCACAUCACCAGCGUGCACGUCGAAGUGUCCUGCAACCCCUUCGACAGCACAGCAUACAUCAACAGCAAGAAGAAGUCGUUCAACAUAUGCGCACCUGGCCAGUGGACUUAUAAGUUCCCGCCGUCGGGCUGCCUCGACUGGGUACACUCGCAGCACGAUAUAUGCAUCACGGGUAUUCCGAAGUGCAGUGGUCAUUACUACGCCAUUUUCCAUGCUGCUGUGACGAAGAACUCGGAUGGGGCUUGCAGCCCGAUCUCAACUUGCUGGACAGAUACUUGAAGGCGGGUCUAAUCAUUUGCAGAGGGUUCCAGGGAGUUUCUCUUUCCUUGCUCUUACAUAGCUUGUUUGUCGUUAGGUUGACGCUUCGCCGCUCACACGCAGCCGGAUAAUUG